AUGGCCCUCGACGGGUCCGGAGGCUCACGCGGACCGCUAACAGAAGAUCAACAGGCUAAUAAUAUCGCAUCCCAUUCUCCCAACUUAUCCUCGACAAACGGUUUAGAAAUUACUCCAAUGACGAGCCCCGGCCGUGAUAGCUCUAACCAGGAGGUUGACGUAGGGGAUAUGAGUUUACCGGCGGAACAGCGCCGACAUCUGCUGGAGCUGGAGAGCUCUUUCAAAAUCGAUUUGGAUCUGCGGACUACUCUAGAAGAGGGAUCCAGCACUAUUUCCGGGCGAAUAGGAGAUAUGGGACCACCUCCACUUCCGCCGGCUGCCGUGCCCAGAAGGGGGUUACAACGCACACCCAGCAGUGUAUCGAAUCAUCGCAAACUCAGAUCGGGUGCGGCGACCCCCACUACCAUAGCCGGUAGCAGGGAGGAUUUGCGAGGGAAGAAAAUUUUGGCCGACGCGGAGGAAACGACUUCUCCUUUCGCGGAUUCAGGAGCAUUUUCUCCUUCCCAGACCCCUAUCCCAACCAGCGAAACUGACGGCGAACCGAAUUUAUCCAGCAGCCCUACCCUUGCCGCGCAGGCGAGGAACAACAACAGGAGCUCUACCAAUCUGGCUGCUGCCUUUGCGCCCGGCUCUUCGCAUGAACCUUCGCCAGAGGAAAUUGGACUUGCUAUUGAUAGACGACCCUCUACGGUUUCAACGAGGGGGGAAGGGACUUACGGGUCAUUGGGGAGUGAGGGGGCCACGUCUGCUGCUAGGCCGACUAAUUCUGUGAGGGGGAGGGGUUUAUCGAGCAAUUCUUCAUCAAACCUAGCCGGCGGAUCUACAUCAGGAACACAUCGGCGGAGGCCGAAAUUUUUGCGCUCACGGCAAUCAUCGCAGAGAUCUAGUGUUUCUUCAAUUGGCGAUACGGGUAUGGAAGCUGGCGACGACGGUGCAAGCGCGAUUACUACUGUCGAGGGUGGUGGUGUCCUUUCGCGGUCUGCGAGCUUGGGAUCUAUUGCUUCGGGAAUUACUGGAAUCGCUGGUGCAGGAAGCAUCCGGGGUGCGGAAGGGCUGUUCGCCAACAUGCCAACCGCCGCAGAGCGAGCUUUGGCGCGACUUGAUGAGGAGGAAAAGAAUUCCAUGAGAGGUUCGGUUGCCGAAUCUAAUGAGGGGAACGGCCCUAAUGAUGACGCUAUUGCGGAGCCCACUACCCCCAAAUUCCAAAACGCCCCUCCCCCCCCUACGGAUACUGCCAUCACUGCACAAGUCAAAUCGGUACAUGUGCCCGCAACAGUAGCUAGGGAAUACCGAGCAGGGCAUCUUGCACCGAUGCAAACACCCGGAAGUCCAUCGAAACGUGGCGGACCAGGUACUACACCAGCUCCAGGACAGGGUAAAAAUAUGACACUGAAGGAACAGAGCACUAUCAUUGACAGAUUGCAAAAGGAGAAUUUCGACCUCAAGAUCAAAGUAUUUUAUCUCAAUGACAAACUGGAAAAGCAGUCUGAUGAAGGGGUUAAGGAGAUGAUGAAGGAAAAUGUGGACAUGAAAGUUAAGCUUGCUGAGGGGAUGCGCGAGAGAAAGUCCCUGAAACGGAGGAUAAAGGAACUGGAGAAGAAGAUCCAAGAAAUGGGUGGCGAGAAGGAGGGAAAGGAGGAUGGCGAAGACAACAUCACUGAGCUCUGGGAACUUAAGGAGAGGGUGGAGCGAUACGAGGUUGAAAUAGAAGAACUUAGUCGUCGAGAGAAGGAAAGGGAAGCCCGUGUGAGAGAGGAAAUUUCCCGCAAGGGAGCCGCCAGUGGAGAGCGAGCCGAAGAAGUCGUUAGUUGUUCACGUUCCUUAUUUUAACAAUACUAAUGUGAGGUAGGGAAUGCUGAGAGAAUUUCUCGAGACAGAGACCGCCAGGAGGGAGAAGGUUGACAUGGAAAACCGCCGCCUAAGGGAGGAAAUCUGGAGAAUGAAGAAUGAGUCCAGCGGCCAGCCUCACCUCAGCUCUCAUCACAGCAUAAGCGCUCGUCAUUCGUCCACACGUUCUUUAUCUGAAAGAGACCGAGAUGAAAGCCGUGAAAGGGGCCUUAUGAACCAACUUCGGGUUGAGAACGAUGAACUCCGUAGAGAAGUCGGCGCUCAGACCAGCAUGCUCACAUCCCGCAAUCGUGAAAAAGACCGCUUGUAUCAAGAAAUUGAGGAUCUCAAGCUUCAUUUGCGCAAUGGGUCCGGAACUUCUUUGGGCGUAGUCGCGGAACAUGAUCAGCAUCCGCAACAUCAAAAUAGGGCAGCGUCUGUCAUCAGCGACCGGAUCCUUGACCGAUCAGUUUCUCGUGCCGGAGGAACUGCGAGUGUUGCUGGGACUCACGUGAGCGUGUUGAGCGAGAGUGAGAGAGAGGAUUUCGAGAAUGCGAAUGGCCAACUUCGUGAUCGUAUUUCUGAAUUGAGGCUCAAAAACCAGGAACUCCAGAUUCAGAUCGAAAACUGCUAUCGAGAAAUCGAUCAAAGGACGGAAGAAAUGGAGAGGGUUGCAGUGGAGUAUGAGGAAGAGUUACAGCUUGCUCAUGCGGAAGUCCAGGAAAUGCAGGCUGAGCGGAACGAUGCAUUAAGGAUGAGGGAGGAAAUUGAAAUGGAUUUCGAUCAAUUGAAGGAGGAAGCGGAGGAAGAAAUCCAGAAACUAGAGGAGGAGCUUGAUAUCAGGUUGGGUGAUGUCGAGAAAUUGGAGGAGGACGUCAGGUGCAAAGAGGAAGACUUCAAGGGCCUUCAGCAAGAAAUGAGGAACGUCAGUGACAUUGUUGUCAGGCUGGAAGAUGUGCACGAAGAACAUGCCGGCGAAGUACGAAGGCUGGAAGAGAAGUUAGAGAGUCUUCAGCGCACUCUGAGGGAGAAUGAGCAGGAGAUGAGUAUUCUCGAGGGAUCCCUGCGUGAGGCUAAUGAGAAAAUUGAGAGAAUGACCGUCCAGAGUGAAAGCGCCAAGGGAGAGAUUGCAUUCUUACGUGAGGAACAGGAUGCAGAUAAGAUCAAGAUUGGGGAGCUCGAAAUGGUCAUCAAAGGCCUCGAGAAGACGGUUGAAGAAGAGAGGGAGAGAGUCGCCGAUACUAGGGAGAGGCUUGAAAGUGAGAGGAAAGAUCGCGAGAAGAUGGGAGAUAAAAGACAUCAAGAGUGGGAGAGGAAGGUCAAUGAAAAGAGCCAAGAGGUGAUGAAUGCGAAGGAUGAAGUCAGGAGGCUGAGAAGCAAGGUUAGCAAUAGAGAGGAAGAGGCUAAACAAUGGAGAGAAAGGCUUGAAGAGCUGGAAAGAGCUCUCAGGGAAGCACUUGGUGAUCUUUCAGGAACUAGGACUGGCCUCUUUAAGGUAUUUCCCGCUUUCGAAGCUAAGAUGGAGGUUUUUAACAGGAUGCAGUCUAUUGUGAACCUACAGAGCGAACUGGAGAGCACGCUUGAGGAGCUGGAUUAUACCAAGAAUGAGCUUGCUGAGAAAGACCGCGUGCUUAAGGACCGCGAAAACUUGCUUGAAGGCAUGGUAGGUUGAAUCUCCUUUUUCGGACUUCUGCCGGGGCUAACCUCUUUAGGCUCUUGAAUCCCGGAAGCUCACAGAACUUCUCGACAAGGAGCGUGCUGGUCGUAAAUCUGAUCGUGCAGCCCUCGAAACUCUUAAAACCACUCAUCAUCAAACCCGCCAUACAAUCACUCAGCAUCAGACCCAAUAUACAGAGCUCGAGAAGACUCGCAACAAGGAGUCAAAGUCAAUCCACCAACUGGAGCAGCAAUACCGUGAGCAGCUGGCUGAACGCAAUAACCUUCUCACGCAAAUCUGGCUCCGGCUGAGUGCUCUCUGUGGCCCCGACUGGACCCACAGAAACAGUCUCGUCUCAACAAAUACCAACAACGCUGGCGGCAAACAAAGCAUGGAGGCUGCCGUCGUUGGCGCUCUUCCAGGCUUCCAAAAGAACAUGCUCCUAGCGGUAAAAACGAUAGAAAGCAUAGUGGCCGGCUUUAAGACACGAUGCAAAGGCGUCGAGCGCGAUUUGUGGAGAGAAUACCAGGUCGUCGAGAAUGCUCUGGAGAGCCGUACCCGUCGUUUAGAACGUCUGGAAAGUCUCGUCCGAGGCGGUAUCGGCGAGCAAAAUGGAAUGCGAACAGAAGUCGCAAAACUACGCACCGAAAACCGCUUACUGCGUGCGGAGCUCAACGUAGUGAAAAAUGAGGCUUCGUCGACAACCACAACCACAACCACCACAGCCGUAUCCUCAAGCCAACAAGCUCCCCCCAUCCUCCACCGUUCAAAAACCUCUUCGACAGUACCACAGCAACCACUGAAAGAGAAGGAAACCUCAGCUCCUACGUCCACCGCCAUCACACGCACUAGUUCCGCGGCUAGUGCCCCUCAACCGACUGAUCCUCAAGACGUCAGUGAGAAGCGCUGGAUUCUGCGCCUCCGCGAGUUGGAGAAGCGUUUGAAGGCAGAGCGCGAGGCGAGAUUACUAGAUCGCUCGGCAGCUAAGAAGAAGGUUGAGGAGGCGAGGGGAGCUAGUGCCGAGUAUAAAGCAGAAUUGGAACGGGAGAGGGCGGUUAGUGGGUCUAAAAGGUAGUGAUUGACGACUAGAUGGCAGAUGGACGGAGGUGGGGACUGAUGGUAUAAAUGAAUGAACGGUGUUGGGCGUACGGGUGCUUUUUUUGUAUGAUAGGCAUGGAGGUCGUGGGAAUAUUAAGCUUCGUGAGCUAGAGUUCGGUGUCAUGGGAUAUCACUCUUCACCACGUUUUGAGUUAAAAUG